AUGAGCUAUCAGUAUUUGAAAGCUGCCAGAAAAAUUAUCUGUAUAGGUCGUAAUUACGCCGCUCAUAUCAAGGAGCUAAACAAUGCAACUCCUAAGCAGCCUUUUUUUUUCCUAAAACCCAGUUCAAGUAUCAUAACCCCAAUUAAUCAAUUGAAUGCUUGCAAAAGUCUCCCCAAGAAUUCUAGUUAUCAUGGAUUAAAUGAUAAUGGGACAAAUCCGUCCCCCAUUUUUGCUCCUCACGGAGUCGUUAUUCAUCAUGAGAUUGAGUUGGCAUUAGUUAUCGAUAAGUACAUUUCUAAUGUUGAAGCUAACGAAUUUCAUGCAAGUGAUGUCUUUGACGCUAUUAGCGGGAUAUCAUUAGCUCUCGAUUUGACGGCAAGAAACGUACAGGAUGAAGCAAAGAAGAAAGGUUUACCAUGGUCCAUUGGUAAGGGGUUUGAUACUUUUUUACCUAUUUCAGAAUUUAUUCCUAAAGCCAAAUUGAUAAAGGAUAGGGAUAAUUUGCAGGAUGUAUUCAGGCUAACUUGUGCAGUCAAUAAUUUCAAAAGGCAAGAUGGGACAACAAAUUUAAUGCUAACUCCACUCCACAAGAUAAUUCAGCAUAUCUCAACGAUGAUAUCAUUGGAACCUGGCGAUAUCAUCCUCACUGGAACACCUGCUGGUGUAGGUGAAUUGCAUCCUGGCGAUGAAAUUCGAUGUAAGCUACUUUAUCGUGAUUCAGAAUUGAUUGAUAUGUCUUUUGGUUGCGAGAAGAGACCCGGACCCUACGUUUAUAGGGAAACAUAG